AUGGGGGGGAGAAGGCUGUUCCACGAUGUGACUUCAAAACCAAUCAAGUCGAGGAAAGGAGUCGCCUCCUCAAAAGAGCAUAAGGAGGAAAAGCCAGGGCGUGCCGAAGACCCAUCUACGUUUUUGAGCAUAGAAAGCAACGAGCAAAAGAUCGGAGCAUAUCUCGGGUAUGACGAUGCAUCGGAAUUACGAAAGCUGGCAGUCAGUUGGCCAGUCCUGAAAGCCUAUGGAAAGUAUGAAGCCAUAUCGAAGGGGCUGAGCCGGAGAUUGGCUUUCCGGUUGAUUCAAGGGAACGAGGAGAUGUUUACCAAAGUCAAUGCAGAUGAGAAAUGGCCACUUGCGCAAAGCACGGAGCCAAAGAAAGACUCUGCGAGGCAUUUGGCUGCACUUUUGUUAACUUUGGAAGACGACUUGAAAAUAUAUCGCUCGGAUCCCAAGGUUAACGGAAACAAAACCAAGAAAUACCGAGAUAGCUUUAAAGCUAGCUACCCUGAUCUCCCACUUCCAGCAAAGAGCCCAAAGGCUAUACCGCCGAAUUUAGGCCCUCUUCUUGAGCUAGGUGAAUCGAGACUAGAAUCGAUCAACAGAUGCUGGUCAAUUUUAAAGUACAUGAAGUACACCAAACAGUUGGGAUCAUGGGAGGCAAGAUUCGCAAAUGGUGUCCAUCAGGGUGUGUCUAUUGAUGCAUCUCACAUCCCCGGCUGGAUGCAGCCCCAGGCCACGGAAACUCCAGCCAUAGAGCCCCCGCCAGACGUUGCUGCAGCGGACAGGCUACAGCCUAUUGAGUUGAAGAUUUGUUGGAAACGAAGUAGUGCCUUUCCAGGCAGUGAAGAGCUUUCGGAAGUGUUGGAGAAGGCAGAGGAUAAAGGCAUCUUUAUACCCAGUGGAAGCGUGAUAUUUCAAAAUGAUCCCCGAUUAUUUUAUUCAAUCUUCUCUUUCAAGGACGAGGUCAGAAGAAUGUACAACUGUCAAGAGAUUGGUAUGGAUGUUCGGAAUUUACGACUGAGCUACCAUUCGAAAUCCACCGGUGAGAAAAUGGAAGCAAAUAUGCUCAUUGACCCGUGGAACCAAACCAAAGAUGCGUUCAUCAAUCCUGACCACUGCGAUUUCAGCAUAAAUGUGGUCUUCGAAUCGCUCGAUGACCCGGACAGCACCAUCUACGAGAGCUCAGACCCACCACCAGCGGUGCGGUCAUUCUUGAACACGAAGAACACCGAUGUAACGCUUAACAUUGAAGCAAUUUCGGCGCGAGCUUCACACGCCAUUCCUACUUCUCCAGAGCAAACAGGCGCUGCCAGCUUGAAGGAGUACCUUGAUGGUAACGGUGCCAAAUUACCCAACGAAAUUGGCGCUCCUCCCGAACCCAAAGCCUUUGAUAAGAGGGAGGAAUCGCUUCGUUACUACAGUGGAUAUGAUGUGCAGUCUGAAGAGGGGAAGCGCGGGUUCCAGAGAAUGAUCCUUGCAGAAUGCAGCAGAAAUGCUCAAGCGGCACGAUUGAAACUGGACAAGCUACCUAAGGAUCUCGAUCAGGAGCAGCAAAUCGCUAUUACGGCUGCACAGGCGACUAUGCGUAAGGAGGCCAUCGAUGGAGAGGGAUGUUUAGACAAUGUAAGAUGA